CACCACUGCCCAUCGAAUUGAGUGCCAGGAAGAGGAGGGCGCCUCCUUCAGUGGCGCCCAGAAGAUCAUCGAUGAGCGGAUUCAGCUUGAAUAUGAGCGGGAACAACAGGAGCAGCUGCUUCUUUCAGUCAUUCCGGCGUACAUUGCCGCAGAGGUGAAGCGGAGGAUUCUCAAUAAAAUGGACGGAAUUUGCCAAAAGUUUUCCGGCACGCCGCAGAAGCAGCGCUUCCACGAGCUCUACGUUCAGCGGCACAACAAUGUCAGUUUGCUCUACGCCGACAUUGUCAACUUUACGCCCCUCUCUGAACAGCUCUCCUCAUCGGAGCUGGUGCGCACGUUGAAUGACCUUUUUGGGCGCUUUGAUGAGCUGGCUCAAGAAAACCAGUGCAUGCGAAUAAAGAUUCUGGGCGACUGUUACUACUGCGUCAGCGGACUGCCCGUCUCACGGCCCAAUCACGCCAUUAACUGCGUCCAAAUGGGCCUGCUGAUGAUACAGGCGAUUCGACUGGUUCGAGAGGCGACGCAGGUAAACGUGGACAUGCGAAUUGGCGUGCACAGCGGUAACGUCCUCUGUGGAGUCAUUGGACUCCGAAAGUGGCAAUUUGAUGUCUGGUCCGACGAUGUGACGCUCGCCAAUCACAUGGAAUCGGGAGGAGUGCCCGGUCGAGUUCACAUCACCGAGGACACACUUCACCGCCUGGACGGCGGCUUCGAGGUGGAGCCCGGAAAUGGCCACCUUCGAGAUGCCUACCUGGCGCAGCACUCCAUCAAGACGUACCUCAUUAUUGACCCGAGGACGUCGAAAAGAACUUUUUCCGGGGGAGGAGGAGGCGGAGGUAGUGGUAACCCAAACGAUCCUUUUGCCAUUGACUCGAUCUCUAUCAGCGGAAGUAUCGCUCCUUGCAACGGCGGCGCCGAGCGGAAGCUCUCGCAAACCAGCCUGCUAACGGUGGCGCCUGCUGGAGAGUUCCCGGCCACGGCAGCUCAAUCGUUGACCAAUGGACACUCAAAUCCAGUUCAACCUCAUCAUUUUCCGCCUUCAAAGCCUCGACUUCGCGAGGGCUCCAAGCGCUUCGGCAAGUGGACCGAGUGUGGCGCCUCCGGCUGGGCCGUUGAUAAGCCCUUUAGCAGCAUCUCCGAGUCGGUCAUUGCAAAGAAUGUGACGCAGACGAAUCGUCACCAGGAGUUGAUCUCCCGGCGGCACCAGCUGUGGCGGGCGAAACUCAAAGUGGAGCAGGAGGACGUAGAAACUUAUGGCGGAAUUAACAAAAUUCUUCUCGAGAAUAUUCUGCCGCAGCACGUGGCGCAGCACUUUUUGCUGAACAUUAGCAAUAACACGGGGACGCUGUACCAUGAACGGUACAACUCCAUCGCCGUCAUGUUUGCCUCCAUUCCCAAUUACACCGAAUUUUACGACGAGAAUGACGUCAACAAGCAAGGCCUCGAGUGUCUCCGGCUGCUCAAUGAGAUCAUCUGCGAUUUUGAUAAGCUGCUGCUGAAGCCAAAGUUUAGCUGCGUGGAGAAAAUCAAGACGAUCGGCAGCACUUAUAUGGCCGCCGCUGGGCUUCAGCCAGGUCGGGAGAGCUUUGAGGGAAAUAAUGAAGGCUUUCGAUUGCACCGAGAGGAGCACAAUGUGGUGUCGCUGGUGGAGCUGGCCAGC